AUGAAAGAUGAUGGCCAAAGCCAGAGCACUGAAGUUUCCAAAAACAAAGUCCUCAUUGGAUUGGAAAGACAUUUUCCUUCAGAAUCCAGGGAGGAGCAUCAACUCAGGAUGGCUAAACCCAGCAAUUUUUCAGAACAUGAAAUUCCAUCAUCUGUCAUCAUCUUAAUUUUUACAAUCAUAGGCAUUGAAAGCUUCAUUGGGAUCAUCGUAAACAGUUUCAUCGUGGCUGUAAAUGUGACCAUAUGGAUUCAGAAAAAGGCUGUUUCCAACAGUGGGAAGAUCCUGCUUUUCCUGAGUGCUUCCAGAAUAGCUCUCCAAAGCCUCAUGAUGGUAGAAAUUAUCUCAAUCUAUACAUUUCCAAUUACUUUUUUCAAAAGUAUCAUCUUUCGUAUGUACAAAGUAUGUUUCACAUUCUUAAGUUGUUGUGGCCUCUGGUUUGCUGCCGUGCUCAGUUUCUUUUACUUUGUGAAGAUUGCCAACUUCUCCUACCCCCUUUUCCUAAAGCUGAAGUGGAGAAUUUCUGGAUUGAUUCCUUGGCUCCUGUGGCUUUCCGUACUUAUUUCUUUCAGCUCCAGCAUGUCCUUCCACAGGAACAUUUGCAUUGUGAGUUACAACAGUUCUACUUCCCACCACCCCAACCACACAGAGACCUUUGUGGCCAAGCCGGCUGUUUUCUUUAACCUGGGGGUUUUCAUUCCACUGAUUAUUUUCAUCAUGACAGCCACUCUGCUGAUCAUUUCUCUCAAGAGGCACACCCUGCUGAUUAAAAGCAGUACCACUGGCUCCAGGGACUUCAGUAUAAAGGCUCACAUGGGGGCCAUCAAAGCAAUCAGUUACUUUCUCAUCCUCUACAUUUUCAAUGCAGCUGCCCUGUUUCUCUUUCUGUCCUUUUCUAACCGCUUUUUCUGGACUGUUUUGCUCAAAAUCAUCAUAUCUACUUAUCCAGCAGCCCACUCAAUUCUACUGAUUCAGGACAACCCUGGGUUAAGAAGAGCUUGGAAGCAGAUUCAACCUCAAAUUCACCUUUGUCCAAAAGAGUGGAUUGUGAGAUGAGCACCUAAGGAGAUGAGACAACAAGCCCUGCCCUUCCAUCAAGUAGACUUCUGUCUUUCUUCCUCAUUUCUCCCUCAAAUCUAAUCCAAUACUUUUACUUGCUGUGAGUUUUUGUAUAGGAGGUUGAUCUUCAUUUUUGUUUUACUUCAUAGGCACAAUCCUACUAAUGCUUCAUGUAUUUUUUGCCUGAGUUUACUAUGUCCACCUACUGUCUUGCUAU